CGCUCCAUGUCAGAUUCCAACACAACCGACUUCACCAACCCCUCCACCUUCAUCCUGCUGGGCAUUCCCGGCCUGGAGACGGCCCAUACAUGGAUCUCCAUCCCCUUCUGCAUCAUUUACGCCAUAGCCGUUUUGGGCAACAUCACCAUCCUCUUCAUUGUGAAGAGGGAGCUGAGCCUCCAUGUGCCCAUGUACUAUUUCCUCUGCAUGCUGGCUGUCACCGACAUGGUCCUCUCCACGUCCAUCCUGCCCAAAAUGUUGGCAAUCUUCUGGUUCAAUUCCAGGGAGAUCCCUUUCAAUGGAUGCCUCAUGCAGAUGUACUUCAUUCACAGCUUCUCGGCGAUAGAAUCAGGGAUCUUUUCGGCCAUGGCGUUGGAUCGCUACGUGGCCAUCUGCCACCCCCUGAGACAUUCCACUGCCCUGGCAAACUCUGUAGUGGCCAGAAUUGGUUUGGCAGUGAUGCUGCGUGGUUGCACGAUCGUGCUUCCUUACCCCAUUCUGGCGAAGAGGUGGCCAUACUGCCGAACCAACAUCAUCCCCCACUCUUACUGCGAGCACAUCGGCGUGGUAAAGAUGGCCUGUGCUGACAUACGCCUCAGUAGUUACUACGCGCUCUUUUUAAUUUUCUCUGUGUUGGGACUGGAUAUCAUCUUUAUUACUGUGUCCUAUUUUUUAAUCCUCAGGGCCAUCUUCAACCUUCCCACCAAGGACGCCCGGCUCAAGACUUUUGGGACCUGUGGGUCCCACCUCUGUGCCAUUUUAUCUUUUUAUGUCCCUGCUCUUUUCUCAUUUUUCACACACAGGUUUGGGCACAAUAUCCCCCUGAAUUUCCACAUUCUCCUCGCCAAUGUGUACCUUCUGGUGCCCCCCAUGCUGAACCCCAUCAUCUACGGGGUGAGGAGCAAACAGAUCCGGGACAGGCUGCUCCGUCUCUUCCCUCACAAAGGGACCUAA